AUGCAUAACCUUAUAGUAACGAAUACAUUUUAUAAACAUAAAGACAUCCAUAAAUAUACCAGAGUAGAACCUGGCAGAGAUGAAAAAUCAAUAAUCGACUACAUACUGGUACCGGAAAACCUUAAAAGCGACAUAUUAGAUGUUAGGGUAAGACGAGGCUCUGAAAUCGGCAGUGAUCACUAUCUAUUGGUAGCAAGAAUAAAAAACGUGGAAAAUCACAAGGAAAAGGAGCUGAGUUGUAAGAAAAUGGAAUUUGAAACAAUAAAAACGUAUAAACUUUCUAACAUGGACAUUGCGAAGAAGUAUAAAGAGACAACACAUCGAAAAAUGACAGAAACAGCUGGCAGCAUAGGAAACAUGUCAUUACAGCAGCUAUGGAUAAAAUUCAAGAACAUAACGAUAGAGACAGCUCGAGAGAUAUGCGGAAUAUGCAAGCAUUCGAACAAACGUAAACAAACAUCAUGGUGGACAAACGAUAUUAGGGAGAAAGUGGAAGGAAAAAAAACAGCAUGGAAAAAAUACCUAGCAAACAGAAAUGACGAAAACUAUAAUUUUUACAAAGAACAAAGAAGAUUGGUCAAGGAUACUAUUAUAAAAGCUAAACAAACUGCUUGGAUCAAAUUUGGAGAGAAGCUGCAGAGAGAUAGUAAAAACCAUCAAAAGUUAUUUUACAAGGUGCUGAAAACCCUCAAGGAGGGAAAGACUAACAUACCUAUGGAAAUUAAAGACAAGUAUGGCGAGAAAAUUAAAAAUGAGGAGCAAAUAAUGGUGAGAUGGCAAGAAUACUUCGAGAAACUGCUUGACGGUGAAAACAAUACAAGUCCUACAACACACGAAAGAAGUAUUAGGAGAAGAACAAGAAACACAAAUGAAAAUGUUACAGGAAUGAUAACAGGGGAAGACAUCGAAGAAACAUUGAAGGAAAUAAAAAACAAUAAAGCACCCGGACAUGACAAAAUUACCGGAGAAAUGAUAAAAAACAUGGGCUUUUCCGGAAAAGAGUUGCUAAGAGCGAUAUAUACCAAAGCAUGGGAGGAAGAAAGGGUCCCUCAAGAUUGGGAGAUAGGUGUAAUCGUGCCCGUCCAUAAAAAAGGCGAUAACAAGGAUUGUAAUAAUUACAGAGGAAUAACACUAAUAAGUACUGUGAUGAAAAUUUAUGAGCAAAUACUAAAUAAGAAACUGACAGUAAGCACAGAACAAACCCUUACAGAUACACAAAGCGGAUUCAGGAAAGGAAGAUCAGUGCAGGAUCACAUAUUCACAAUCAAACAAAUGAUAGAAAAGAAGAAAUUAGGAGGAAAAGUAUAUUUUGCAUUUAUUGAUUUAGUGAAGGCUUUUGACUCUAUCCCCAGAGAUAAAGUUUGGGAGAGUCUACUGAAAAGAAACGUUGAUAAUAAGUUGGUUAGAGUAAUUAAAAGUUUAUAUAAAAGCACUCUUAACUAUGUGAUAUGGAAAAACAUGAAAUCAGGAUUCUUUGCUACAACACAAGGAUUGCGACAAGGUGGAGGGCUAAGUCCGACACUGUUUAAUAUUUUUAUGGAUGAUGUUAUUAAAAGUUGCAACGCUAACACACAGAAGGCUUUUAUAGGAUAUAGGCAGAUGAAUAGGGUAUUAGUAUCGGAAUGUGCUUUUGCGGAUGAUAUAGUUAUUAUUACAAACACGGAACAGGAUUUGCAGAACAAUUUGAAGGUGUGGGACGAGGAAUUAAGAAGCAAUGGCAUGAGCAUAAAUACCACGAAAACUAAGGUCAUGGCAAUAGGAGCAGAAGAACUGAAUCCAAAAAUCACAUUACGCGAGGAAACCAUAGAACAUGUUAAACAAUUUAAGUAUCUCGGGACAAUUAGCGUGGUGGGGGCACCUUCAAAGAAUGGACAACGUAAGACAAGUGAAGCAGGUAUGGGAAUCCAGGAGCCAACACAAAAGAAAAAGGGGCAGACCGAAGAUAACAUGGGACGAGAACAUAAGGAAGAUACUAGAGGCGAGAAAUACCACAUGGAGAGCAGCAAAAACCCUGGCCAAGAAUAA